UUUUGGUGGGGUGCCCUAGUCUCUUCAUUCUUCGUCGUAUUUUGCCAUUCAACUGGUGUAUUCUCUAGUGUAGUGGUUUGCUUGGCCGAUAUUUUCGUUUUUAGGACCAUCAUGGGAGCUAGAACCUUGCAAGCGUUUGCUUUCCUGCUAAUCAUCAGCUCAGCUUUGGCUUUGACUUGCUACAAAUGCGACUCCAGCGAGAGCAAAUUCUGCAACUACGGUCUCGCCAGCUUCACCUACAACUCCGUAAACUGUGACGACGAGUCUGGCAUCCUCUCCGGGUGGAUCCCCAAGGAGUGUGUCAAGCUUGUUGCAAAAGCCAAAGACGGCAGUGAGUACGUUGCUCGUGGAUGUAUGCCAAACCUAGGGGGCGCUUGCAGAGCAGUCGCCAAAACGUUGAGCUUCUUUUCGAACAUUGAGGGAGACAUUGAAGAUAUGGACUGCUUCACUUGUAACAGCGACAAGUGUAAUUCUGCAGCGAAAUUCUCUGGAUAUAGCCUCGUGGGGGUUGUCCUUGCUGCUGUGCUUUUCAUGUUGUAAAUCAAUGUUGUGGAUGUAAUUUAGUUACCAAAACUAUAUAUUAAAAAUGUAUGUUACUACAAAUUAUACUAUAAAACUAAGUUGCUCAUAAGUGGACUAUUUUUCUAUGAAGUACUUGAGGUUCUUUUAGACAUGUUAAUAAUGUAUACUUCUCUAUACACUAUAUAUUUUGUAGCGGAGGCUUUUGAUGUUACGAAGAGUAGGCUAGAGCUUUACGUUGUAGUUUUUUCAUUGUUUUUAAAAUAAAGUUUCUUUUUAUAAAA